AUGACGACAAAAUCAGAUACCCUAAUUGAUGAGAACUACAAAUUCAUCAAACAGCAACUUGCAGCUAUUGAUCCCGCGGAUAUCGUCGCUCAGCGCCUUGUCCUAGAGACUUUACACAGCAGCGCAUUAGAGCCACUGGACGUCACUUAUGAGGAGGUACGGUGUCCCGGCACCACACGGCCGGCCAUUUGGUGCAAACCAUUAGUCGCUUUUUUAAACCAUGCAAUUCUAUAUACGCACGGAGGCGCCGGGUUUGCGGGGUCCCCACAGAGUCAUCGCAAGAUUGCCGGCCAUAUCGCCAAGGCAUCUGGCUGUCCAGCUUUAGUGAUCGACUAUCGUCUCGUUCCCGAACAUCCCUUUCCAGCUGGACUCCUGGACGCACUGGCGGCCUACAAGUGGAUGCUCGAGACCAUACCCGCCCACAAUAUUGCCGUGGUCGGCGACUCCAUGGGCGGUAAUCUAGCAAUCAGCCUAGUUCUCAAGGCUCGAGAAACAGGCCUUGCACCACCAUCGGCUAUAGUGGCAAUCUCGCCAUGGCUAGAUAUGGAACAGUUUGGUACUUCUAUUCGAGACAAUAUCGAUCGCGAUCUCUUGGCAUCUCCUGGCACCUUUGCCCAAAUUUCUAAACUUUACUUAGGAGAGACUUGUCCACAGGACCCAUUUGCGAAUCCUCUUUACGGCGAAUACCAUGGAUUUCCCCCAAUGUUUCUGACCGCUGGAGGAGCGGAGAUGCUGGCUGAUAAUGCUACAAGGCUUGGGGAAAGGGCCCAAGCAGCGGGGGCUCACGUCGAGGUGGAGGUAGUACCAGAUAUGCAGCACGUUUUCCCUUUCAUGGCGGGUAAUUCCAAAGUGGCAGACAGGACUGUUGAGAAGAUUGGUCACUUUAUAAAGAUCAAUUUGAAUCUGUUGUGA